UCAUUUUACGGCCGAGGACGACGACGACGACGAUGGCCGACACCGCACCGGCAGCACAGAGCACCACAACGACAGCACCGCCCGUGACGGUAACACUGACGGUACCGACGGGCGAAGAGUUGGGCUACGAUUUGCAACAGCAGCAACAGCAGCAACCACCACCACCAUCAACACCAACCUCCUAUCAAAAGCGCCCGGUAUCGGUGUACUCGGUGAACCAGCGCGUCCCACCGCCACCGAUCAUCCGGGCCGUCUCGUACCAACCGUCGCUGGCCGGAACCGCGUUCACGCACCAGUCGGAGGAUGGGUCCGGGCACGGCCACGGCCACCCGCCGUUACCACCGUCGACGGUGGAGGAAAAGUCGAAGCACACGCGCCGCUACCUGGCCGGUGUGACCGGCAUCAGCUACGCACUCUUUCUCAUCGUGUUCGGUUUGAUCGCGUUCAUCACGGACGCGGUGGAGAACAACGCACGGUACCCGCUGGCCGAGGUGUUUGCCCUCUACAUGGUCUCUACCGGGAUCGUGUACUUUGUCUUUCUGUACAUCGACAUCCGGUUGUACGUGCGGCGGGCACAGCGUGCGGUCGAGGAGCUAAACCGGCGCCGGGAGCUGCUGUACAGCGAGCAGCAGCAGCAGCAGCAGCAGCGUGCGAUGGCGAUGGCGAUCGGUAACGGUGGCCUGGAGCUGUCCGUCGGUGACGAGGCGACGGUGGCGGGCACCAGGAGCAUGCCGGUGGAAGCGCUCGGUCCCCUCAAACCGAUACCGCACGAUUACUGCUUCGUGACGGGGCGGCACGGUGAGAUCAUUUACCUGAAGCUCGGUGCCACCUGGUUCUGCUUUGGGCUGCUGAUCCACUCGGUGCUGCUGCUGUCGUACCAGGGCAUCCUGAUGAACAGCCGGGAUGGCAAGUGGGCCCAGUGUGCGUCGGCCACUACCAUCGCGAUGGAGGUCCUGUUCCUGUUCUACUGUCUGUUUCUGGUGUUUUUCUUCUGGAAGUACGCGAACAUCGUGAUCAACCGGUACCGUGGGUUGGCCCGGUUCGGUAUCAUGCACGCCAUCGGUACCGCGCUCGCCUUCUGGGUGCUGACGAUCGUGCGCGAAACGGUCGUCGCGAUCCGGAUCAAGCAGUCGUACUACUACGGCGACGGCGACGGCGAUAACGAGGAUGAUGGUGCGACGGUGGAGAAGCUGGCGACCGGUGGUGCUGGUGACGGGCCGGUUGAACAGCGUACCGCGCCCUCCCUCGCCACCCUCGAGUGUCCGGGGCCGGAAGAGUUGAACCAGGUGUUGGCUUCCUUCUCGCCGUACCUCUACCCGUUCGUGAUCGAGUUUAACAUACUGAUCGUUGGGCUGCUGUACAUGAUCUACGCGAACAUUAGCAAGUGCCCGAAGAAGAUUACGGUGAAGGGGCACCGUGGGCACGGUGGGGGGCAUGGUAGCGUGCACGGUGAUCACCAGUCGAAGGUCGGCGGGGGUAGCGUCGUCGAUGGGUUCGAUGGGCGGAGCGAGCACAGUGAGCACUGUGAUGAUACGCUCGAUCACGAGGCCCAGGUGAAGUCGCGGCUGAUCGUGUACGGUGACUGUCAGCACGCUAGUCGGGGUUUGUUCGCGGGGCUUCUGCUCGUCGUCGCCACCAUCGUCGUCAUCAUACUCUUCCACAUCGCGUCACGUGACGACGACUACCGGGACACGGGCAUCCUGCUGGACGGCAUCUUCGAGGUGACCGUACUGGGCAUCAUGAUAUUAGCGACGGUCGCCGCCUACUACCAGACGACGCGGCUCGACAUCAACCCGCACCCAAUUUCCCGGCUAGACGAUGUGCUGCUCUUCAUCGCGAUACCGGCGUUCUUCUCCGAGACGCUGUUCAGCAUGAUACCGGCGUUCGAGAACGGGUCGAUCCUGAACGGGUUCAUCGUCUUCACGCAGGUAACGCAGGUGCUGAUCCAGACACCGUGGAUCUGUGACGCGCUGCGCCGCUGCUCCAACACGGCCGAGCUGCAGCGAACGAAGCCGGGCAAGGAGCUGGUCACCUUUAUGACGAUUGCCAACGUGUCCCUCUGGAUCUACUACACGUUCGCCGUCAAAACGGGCGACUUUGGUGAUGAGCGGUACGAGUACUACGGGGACGUCCUGUGGUCCAUCCUGAACCACCUCUCGCUGCCACUCAUCAUGUUCUACCGGUUUCACUCAUCCGUCUGCCUGGUGGACAUCUGGCGCCACUCGUACGAGCCGGGCGAACACGCCCAUUGAUUGAGUCAGUCAGUCAGUCAGUCAGUCACUCGCUUCCUGCGACCUCCCCAUUCCCCUACGACCAGCGGCAGGCCGUCUGGCGUAGACGAAGAAGACGAGACGAAGAAGAAGAAAGUAUUAUUCCGCCUAGAGGUAACUCAGCAUAUAUUGGGUUUGCGCGUUGCGGCGGUGGCAGAAAGUAAUCCAUUAAUGUUUUUGGGUGAGCGCUCAAUGCGCUUUAUUGCAAAUACUUUCCCGCAAAUGGUCCCGCUUAAAUCUCAGAUAUUAAGCAUCCUGUUGGAUCAUUUGCUGGCUUUUUAAUAGUAGGUAAUUUUAGUCUCUCCUCUUUCUCUCUCUCUCUCUGUC